AUGAACAUGAGAACAUUUAUUCUCGCAGGAAAUUUUACUUUAAGUGUAAUUUUCACAAUAAUUUGUGUAAUGAUUGAGAUUCAGGAAAAAGAAAAUUAUUUUUCUCUUAUACUACAAAUAAUAUAUGGUAUCUCAUAAUCAACAACUAGGCAUAGAUUAUUCUUUAUACAAAUAGAUGAUCUCUACCAAUUAAAGAACCUGAAUAAAUAUCUCCAAAUUUAUCUCCAAUAUUAGGUGUAGCAGCAAAGCAACUCAAAAGUAUUAUUUUUUUAUCUGUUACAAACCAAUUGUAUGCCUCAGUAUAUUUAGCAGCUGUCUCUUUAUUUACAAUUAACGUUAUAAAUGCCUUUUUCUUAUAAAGUGCUCCUUCUGCAGAUACAAAAAAGUUAAAGAUUGAGGAAAUUGAAUAACUUAUAGCUAAUAAUAGCAAUGAUUGAAUAAAAAUUGGAACUAAAUUUAAAUACAUAAUAAGAAGAAACAAGAAUGAAGUUGUAAAUUAAUUGUAGCCAUUGUUAAAUCCUCGUUAAAUCAAACUGUGUACUAAUAUCAACCACCAAUAAAAAUCUAUAAAUAAUAAGAAUAAUUAAAUUAUAACUGCUUAUAUUUGGAUGUGCCAAAACUGUAUAUUCUAUUCUUAGAUACUGA